AUGUCGGCCCCUCAGAGUGUACAGUGCUUCGGCAAAAAGAAGACGGCCACGGCUGUCGCCCAUUGCAAGAAAGGCAAGGGCCUCAUUAAAGUCAACGGCCGACCUCUCUCUCUCGUUCAACCGGAAAUCCUGCGCUACAAGGUCUACGAGCCGCUCCUGAUUGUCGGCCUCGACAAAUUCGCCGAUGUCGACAUCCGCGUUCGUGUCACCGGCGGUGGUCACACCUCCCAGAUCUACGCUAUCCGCCAGGCUAUCUCGAAAUCAAUCGUCGCUUACUACCAGAAGUUCGUCGACGAGUACACGAAAAACCAAUUGAAGCAAGCCCUCGUGCAAUACGACCGUACACUACUGGUGGCCGAUAACAGACGGUGUGAACCGAAGAAGUUUGGUGGUCCAGGUGCAAGAGCGCGGUACCAAAAGUCAUAUCGUUAA